UCUGAAAAACGCCCGAGCCGAGAACUCAGAACCGCGUCAACUGCAACGCUGGCGGCGCGCAUAAUAAGGAGAGUCCGUGCUGCCGUGAUGGGGCAGAGCCACAGCCAAGCCAAGCCCAAACCGGACAGGCACGCGACGCCACAGCCGCGCGGCGACGACCAGCACCCGAACCAGCGAGAAGCCACCGGUAGGCGCCCGCCGGCCGCGCCCGCCAUGGACACCUUCUUCCUGUCGCACGGCUCGCCCACGCUCUCCAUCGACGAGGCGAUCCCGGCGCGGAGCUUCUUCCAGUCGUGGCUGCCGGCGGCCGUCGCGGGCCCGGAGCGGCCGCGCUCCAUCUUGAUUGUGUCGGCCCACUGGGAGACAGCCACGCCGGCCGUCAACGUCAUUCGCGGCGCCAACGACACCAUCCACGACUUCUACGGCUUCCCCAAGUCCAUGUACCAGCUCAAGUACCCUGCGCCGGGCGCCCCCGAUCUGGCCAAGAGGACCAAAGAGCUCCUGGAGCAAGGCGGGUUCGGGCCGGUGAAGGAGGACCGGAGCCGCGGGCUGGACCACGGCGCGUGGGUGCCGCUGAUGCUCAUGUACCCGGAUGCCGACAUCCCGGUGUGCCAGCUCUCCGUGCAGACCGACCGCGACGCCACCUACCACUUCAACCUCGGCAAGGCGCUGGCGCCGCUCAGGGAGGAGGGCGUCCUCGUCCUCGGCUCCGGCAGCGCCACCCACAACCUCCGCAAGAUGGGGCCGUCCAGCUCGCCGCCGCCGCAGUGGGCCUCCGACUUUAACACCUGGCUCAAGGACUCUCUUCUCGGAGGCAGGUACGACGACGUGAACGGGUACGAGGAGAAGGCGCCCAACGCCAAGACGGCUCACCCGCGGCCGGAGCACCUCUACCCGCUGCACGUCGCGCUCGGCGCCGCCGGCGACGAGUCCAAGGCGGAGCUAAUCCACAAUAGCUGGACCAACGCAUCGCUCUCGUACGCCUCGUAUCGUUUCACCACGAAGAACUGACGGCCUCCAUCGAGCUGUGUUGGCUGGCUCGCGCGAUCCUCGGUGGCUUGGUUGGCACUAGUAAUAAGCAUGUCACGCUAGGUGUGGUGGGCUCGUGGGUCUUGAAAUGUGUUGUGAAAGAUCAUUUGCUUUCGUGUUGGGGCGUGAUCCUUGACAGUGUAUUACUCUUGCUGUCUUACAUGGCAUGUUUUACGUAAUUCUGUUCGUCUCUGUAAAAGAGUUCAUAAUUUUUCAACACUUUGAUCGAGGUGCCUUGAAACAACACAACAGCAACGGUAAGU